AUGUCUAGCUCUACGACAACUUCCACAUCAUCCGCAAUCUCGCUGUCUUUAAUUCAGUCUCAAAGUGUAACUGCUCUGUGUAAAUUAUGUUCAAAUUCAUUGGUGCUAAUUGAUCAUAUAUCGGCAGAAUGGUUAAGAAUAACAAACGCGUCAACUCAACUAUUAUCUACAACAAAUGUGAUUGGAAUUCAAGCUUUAUUCGAUCAAAAUUUUUUCACCUAUCUCAACGAUGAGAAUGUAUCUCGAAUUGUAUUCAUAUUGAGUGAAAUCUUAACUCGUCCUAAUUUACUUCAUUUACAAAAACUCUGUUGUUAUAAACAAUAUGAAUCCGUUCUUUUGUUACUUUGUUCACCAACACUUGUUCAUGAUUCGUUAUUCGAUGAAAAUAUUGAUUUAUCAACAAUAAUUAAUGAACACGCCUAUUUACAACAAACGUUGGAAAAGAAAUUAUUCGAUGGAUAUAGUAGUGAUGAUUCACUUCCUGAAUUUGAAUUAAAAUAUAUUCGAUAUCCAUGUGUCACGAUUACUCAACAACUGUUUCUAAUACCAGCAUUAACUCAAUAUAAAUUACCGACGAUUGAAACGAUCACACAAUUAAAUACAGAAAAAAUUAAAGGUAUAUCGUCGGUGUCUGAACUAUUUCGUGGUGAAGAUGUUAAAUUUGUUAAAAUUCAUACAGAAUUAUUAAAUAGUCUAAUGUCAAGUUUAGAUGGAAAAGAAGAUUUAUUUUCAUUGGGUCCGUUGAGUCAAUUGAUAGCAAAAGAAUAUACACAAUCAGCUGAUAUUCGUCAGCGACGAAAGAAUUGUGAAAAUAAAUUAGCCUUAUUACUAAUCGAUCGUCAACUUGAUUUGGGCGUUGUAACAUCUCAUACACAAGAUACACUAUUAUCGCAAAUUAUUCAUUUGCUGCCGAAUGUACGAACUGGUAUAAAGAAUACUAAACGUACAAUUGAUGUCAUUGUCGAUUGUAAAUCAUUAUUAAAAACUAAUUUUUUAAAAAGUCAAAGUGAUUUUAAUGGAUACUUAUUUGGUGAUAUAAAAAGAACUAAUGAUGUUGCAUGUGCAACAUUCGAUAAUAUCAUUUAUUCGAAAACAAAGAUUGCAACAUCAGAAAUAUUUACUCGUCUUUUGGAGGCACUUAUAUACAAUAAUUUAGAAACAAAAGUAAAAGCGGCUAAAGUAUCAGCGGCUGCAAUUAGUAUGUGUUUAGAAAAAUUCAAACAAUCUCCAUCUACUGUUGUUAAAUGUUAUGAAUUAUUAAUAUUAUCCAGUUGUCUUAUGCAUGUAAUGGAUAAUAAUUAUGAAUUGCAAAAGUUAGACAGAUUAUCAGCAUUGGAAAAGAUAAUUGUUCAAUCUAUUGGUUCUGAUGGGCCAAGCGCAUUUUCUAUUAUAUUACAAGCAUUGAAGGAAGAGUUAAUAAAACCAGUCGAACAGCGACAAUUGAAGUUAGAUGAUUUUUUAAUAUUAAUUUUAUACGUUUAUUCAUUAUCUGGUGACGAUUGUUUUUACGGUAAAGAAGAAAAAGAACGAACUCACAAAAUGAUUGGCAAGGAAAUUUUGAAUGAUACACUGUUUACAAAUAAAAUUAGACAAAAUCUAGAUUGUUUAGGUUAUUCAUAUGAAAAAUGUGAACAUAUGUUAAAUGAAAUUUAUCAACGAUUAGAUCUAUUAGCUUCGGUGAAACGAAAAUAUAAAUAUUUCAAUUCUCUGAUUGUUCGUGGUAAUGAUCAGCAGCCUAGUUACCGUCACACAUUAUUAAAACAAAUAUUCGAAUCUAUAAAACGGAUACAAACCACUGUACCUUCAACAUCUUCAUCAAGGUUAAGUGCAUCUUUGUCAGCAGCCACAUCUCAAAAUAUGACAAGUGAUCAACAACAAUUACUGCAAGAUAUUGAAUAUACACAAUUUGAUGGACUAAGGGAUUUUUUUAAAAAUGCAACAAGAGGGUUUUUUGGUGAUACCAAGCCAACGUUAGCCAGUUAUGAUUAUUCUACAAUUGUCAUUUUUAUUGUUGGUGGAAUAACAACGAAUGAAAUUCAAUUAGUUCAAGAAUAUAGUGUGCAAUUAAAAAAACAAGUAAAACGCGAUUGUCUUGUUCGUUAA